AAAAAAAAAAAAAAAAACCUCCAUUUCACAUGUAUCGAAUAAAAAUAUGAUUUUUUUACCCAAAAAAAGAAUAAAAAUAUGAUCAGAUUAGGGGUAUAAAUAUAGUUGCAUUUUCAGAGAUCCGGAAAAUUGGAAACUCCUCUCUGGUAUAUAUUAGUGAUUCAUUAGACAAUUGUCUACAAAAGGAAACCAUUCUUCUUCCACUCCCAAGCUAGCUGCUCCAUUUCAAGCAAUUUAAAAUGGUAAAUUAUGGUGAUGAUCAGAAGCACAUAACCCGUGUUCUAUUUUGUGGUUCACAUUUUCCUUCUUCUCAAAAUUAUACAAGAGAGUAUUUGAAAGACUAUCCAUUUAUCCAGGUUGAUGAUGUUCCACUUGAAGAUGUACCUGAUGUCAUUGGAAACUACCAAAUCUGUGUAGUGAAAAGCAUGAAGCUUGAUUCAGUUAUUAUCUCUCGUGCAAAAAAUAUGAAGUUGUUAAUGCAGUUUGGUGUUGGUGUGGAAGGAAUUGAUAUUGAUGCUGCGACCAAAAGUGAAAUCAAAGUGGCUAGAAUUCCUAGUGAUGCAACAGGAAAUGCAGCUUCAUGUGCAGAAAUGGCUAUAUAUUUGAUACUAGGCCUUCUCCGAAAGCAAAAAGAGCUAAAAACUUCUGUAAAGCGGAGAAUGCUUGGAGAGCCAACUGGUGAAACACUGCUUGGAAAAACAGUUUUCAUUUUGGGAUUUGGAAAUAUUGGUAUAGAGUUGGCAAAGCGCUUGAGAGUUUUUGGUGUAAAAAUUAUUGGUACGAAAAGGAGCUGGACUUCCCAUAUCAAUGUUCAAAAUGGCGUUAAUGAAGAUUUGGUUGAUGAGAAAGGAGGUCUUGAAGAUAUUAACAAAUUUGCAAGCAAGGCAGACAUUGUUGUUUGUUGUUUAUCCUUAAACAAUGAAACUGUCGGCAUUGUCAACAGGUCAUUUAUAUCUUCAAUGAAAAAGGGUGGGCUAUUAGUAAAUAUAGCCAGAGGUGGUAUAUUGGAGUAUGAAUCUGUUUUUGAAUACCUGAAAUGUGGACACUUGGGAGGGUUGGGUAUAGAUGUUGCUUGGAGAGAGCCAUUUAAUCCUGAUGAUCCAAUUUUAAGCUUGAAAAAUGUUAUAAUCACCCCUCAUGUGGCUGGAGUUACAGAAUAUUCUUUUAGAUCCAUGUCCAAGGUAGUUGGUGAUGUUGCUAUUCAACUGCAUGAAGGAACUACUCUGACGGGUAUUGAGUUUGUAAAUUGAUGCUUAAAAUGCUAGUGCUAUCAUGUAUUUAUUUUAAUUUUUGUGAUAAGAUUGACUUGUAUAGAACAAAAGAGAGGCCAACCAUGGCCAUGAUGCUAUCAUGUAUUUGAAAUGUCUUCUAUGUGGUGAGAAUUAAUAUCCUUUUAAAUAUUUCAUAUUAUUAGA